UGUGUUGGAAUUUCAAUAUGUCUAGGACAUUUUCUCAACUGGAAAUAAAGAGCAAAAUUUUCAGUCGAUAUAGGUUCGCCUGGUACCUUGGGGGACGCAAUUGAAAAUCGAGAAUACCUGGAAUGCAAGACAGCAAAGGCCUACUCCUGAGCAUCCCUUUCGAUACACAUAUUUAAAUUUAGACGACAUGGUGCGGGUGUGAAGUGCAUAUAUUCUGAAAUAUUGUGAAAUAGUUAAUACUUUACGGGAUCAAAUGAAAUUGAGGCAUAAAAUGUGUGUGAAAUAGGAAAAGUUAUAACCUCGUCAGUGAAACUCCAUGUGCUAUACAUUACGACACUCAGUCUGAUCGACAGUUUAACUUUUGUUGACUCCGUUUGAAACUCAGUGCGCUGUAAACUUCUUUUAGGGACUUGAAUCAAUUUGUGAAAAUCCCGAAAUUGACUUUGAUGUAAAGUCCUUUAAUCAACGUAAACCGGAAAUCUCUACAAAUAUUAGAGAAACUUUUUGCCAGGAUAAUGAUAUUGGUAAUGGCAACUACUACGGCAAUAACGUCAAUAUUGACGACGAAGGCGAACUUGUUUUAGUAUUCGUCCGAAUCCUUAUCUUGCCCUUGUUUACGACUAUGCGAAUACAUAUAUACAUAUGUGUAAUCGUGCAAUGAAUAUAUUAGUGUGCGUCUGAGUUUUCAUUUUCGUAAAAUUUCUCUACUCCAAGGAAUAAGUAUAAACAGCACAAAUAAGGCAAAUCGUUCAUAUCCAAUAAAAUAUUUGAUUUGAAAUCGAAAGAGAAAUUAAGCAAAGUAUUCGGAAAGGAUUCAAUCGAAAGAUUCACUUAGGUUUUGACGAAUAAAGGGAGUAGGAACAAUCGUCAAAGUCGACCAUUACCAGCUUUUUCGAAUUUCAGUCGCCGAAUGUUAUUCUAAAGUCUUACCCAGCCAAUUAUAAAGGAUAUAAUUCGUUGAUGUUGCAGGGCACGUAGACUCUAUUUUGCAGAGAUUUCGCUCAUUUUGAGGCUUUUAAUUUUUGAGGAAUUAUUUUCCUCCUUAAAGAGGUUCGCGACCUUACGAUUGUGUCAAUCGUAUAUAUAGUGCUGUGUUACUCUACCGAAAGAUUUGAAGGAGCUUUCCUUUUGAAAAAUAAAAGGGUAGUGAUAAAUUAGUGAAUUUUCGAAGUGUCAAACAAACGAAGUGCAAUUGAUUUUUUGCGCUAGAUUACUCUUGGAUGUUCAAAUCACAUAAAUGUACUAUGCAAUUAAUAGUUCUGAAGGUUGUCUCCUUGACGGAGUUACACCAUCCGCUCCACCGGAUGUUCCACCCAGAAAUCCAACAAUGAAUCGUAUGAAUGGUCGGGGUAAUCCAAAUGAUUUAAAUGUCGAUUUUGAACCGUCUUGUUUAGUUAGAACACCGUCUGGAAACGUUUAUAUUCCAAGUGGUAAUUUAAAUAUUAAUAAGGGAUCUCCUGUAGAUUACAAAAGUGGAUCGGCGUGUUCAACGCCUACGAAGGAAACGUUAAAAGGUUACGACAGAAAUUGUAUUGGUCCUGUUUUACCCCCGAGAAGUGUUAUGGGGAGUAUGCCAUCGCAUCAUCAUUAUUCAGCUCCAAUGAAUUUCCGGAAGGGAAUACUAGCACACUGUUCAUCAAGAUGCAUUGCUAUUGUUUCAAUAUCUAUUGUAAUUCUGCUUAUAGUGUUAUUUUUAUUAUUAACAGUUUUUGGUGUGUUAGUUUGGUCUCCAGCGAGCCCAUGUACAGUUAUUGUAGAAGAUGAUGCUCAAAUAUCAGCAGCUCGGAGUACAAAUUCAAUUUCAAAUCGUUUUUCAAAUACAUCACUACAUCAGAAAGCCGGACAAAAUUCUGUGGAGUCGACAUCAUCGACAGUAAUAUCAUCAUCGACAACAUCAUCAUCAGGUGUAACGAAUAAUCGUGGAGGUAAUAAACUCUUGCCUAAAAAACGUGCCAAACGAUUCCGAAGAAGUUUACGAGAUCAGCAUGUGACUACUACUGACGAAUCUUUUACAUUAUCCGUAACAACGGAUCCUGAUUUACUAAGUUCUUUUCCUAGCUCGUCUACUAUCGACGAAUCUGUAACUAACACAUUUACCACUAAUCUCAUUACUAAUGAUAUGGAAGGAAGUACACUUGAAUAUGAAAGUCAAGAUACGUUGACAUAUCCAGCGUCAAAUACUGUCACCAGUAAAUCUUCCCACACCGAUUCGUUUUUUGAAAGUAAUAAGGCGAAGAAAGAAUCGAACAGUAUUUUCCCGUAUUACGAAAAUGGUGAAUUAGAUAUUGUCAACCUUAAUGAUACUUCAAACCAUUCCAUAUCGAAUUACUACCAGUACGCUUCUAUCAAUCACAGUAAACCUAGUGAACUUGAGGUGAAAACUCUGAUGCCACCUUCAAGUCAAAAACAUAUAAAGUCGAAAUUCGAAAGCGAAAGUGAAAAGGUAGAUUCAGCUAUUGAUAUCAAUCAAACAAAGCCACCCGAUAGAUUGCUGAACACGAUUGAUCUAACGCCACAUCAUAGUGGAAAGCGAAUUCUCGUGAAUGUUUCCAUUGCUACAGAUUCAGGUUCUGGUUCAAAUAGCCACGCUUUGUACUUUUUCCAUGUAUCUGUCCCGGAUACCGAAUCAGAUGCAAUCAAAAGAACAGAAAAUAAAUCGGAAAAAGAACAUGUUUGCCCAAGUGAAGCUCCUCCGCCUAUACCCCAAUGUCCUUGCGAAUGUGAAAGAACAAAAACAACACCGAAAAGCAUUGGUCCAAAUUAUGAGUCUGUUUUGAGCACACAGCUGCCGAACAAAGCAUCUAAUAAUGAUCCGCAUGUCACAGAUAGUGAAUUUUCUACGAAAACUUCCCCAGACAGAGAAAAUACCGUCUGUUCAGAAGCACCAAUAUUGAUAUUAGAAGGUGCUAGAACAUUUCCUGCACGUAGUUUUCCACCGGAUGGAACAACGUUUGGACAAAUAACACUCGGUCAAAAACUGACCAAGGAAAUUCAACCUUACAGCUACUGGAAUAUGCAAUUUUAUCAGUCAGAACCGGCCUAUGUAAAAUUCGACUAUAGUAUACCGCGCGGUGCUUCAAUUGGUGUGUAUGGACGUAGGAACGCCCUGCCAACCCACACCCAGUAUCAUUUCAAGGAAGUGCUGAGUGGAUUCAAUGCCAGAACACAACGUUCCACCCAUCCGUCAGUUGUUCGAGAAGUGACACGUUUUCUGGAAUCAGGACACUGGUUUAUAUCGCUGUACAAUGACGAUGGAGACGCACAAGAAGUGACAUUUUACGCUGCCAUUGCCGAAGAUAUGACACAGAAUUGUCCAAAUGGUUGUUCCGGAAAUGGGCAAUGUUUAUUGGGGCACUGUCAAUGCAAUCCCGGAUUCGGGGGUGAUGACUGCAGCGAAAGCGUUUGCCCGGUCUUAUGUUCGCAGCAUGGAGAAUAUAUUAAUGGUGAAUGCAUAUGCAAUCCGGGAUGGAAAGGCAAGGAGUGCUCAUUGCGUCAUGAUGAAUGUGAAGUUGCAGAUUGUAGCGGCCACGGACACUGUAAGAGUGGAAAUUGCCAAUGCUUGCGGGGCUUCAAAGGGAAUUUUUGUGAAGAAGUUGACUGCCCGCAUCCAACGUGCUCAGGUCACGGUUUCUGUGCAAACGGUACAUGCAUCUGUAAGAAGGGAUGGAAAGGACCUGAUUGCGGUACAAUGGAUCAGGACGCCUUACAAUGCCUACCGGACUGUUCGACACAUGGAAGCUUUGAUCUUGAUAAACAAAUUUGCAUGUGCGAAUCAAGGUGGACUGGUGACGAUUGUUCGAAAGAGUUAUGCGAUUUAGACUGCGGACAGCAUGGAAAAUGUCUCGGAGAGACGUGCACUUGUGAUAAUGGAUGGGGUGGAGAAUAUUGUAACACGAAAUUAUGCGAUGCACGUUGUAAUGAGCACGGACAAUGUAAAAAUGGCACAUGUCUGUGUGUUACGGGCUGGAAUGGAAAACAUUGUACCAUAGAAGGUUGUCCAAAUGGUUGUUUGAAUCAUGGCCAAUGUCGGGUUAGCGGUGAAGGUCAGUGGGAGUGUAGAUGCUAUGAAGGAUGGGAUGGACCUGAUUGCGGAAUUGCCGUGGAGCUAAGCUGUGGAGAUAAUAAGGACAAUGAUAAAGACGGGUUAGUCGACUGCGAAGAUCCUGAAUGCUGUGCAAGUCAUGUUUGUAAAUCGACGCAAUUAUGCGUGUCAGCACCAAAACCCAUCGAUGUGCUGUUGCGCAAACAACCGCCUGCCAUAACAGCAUCAUUUUUCGAACGAAUGAAAUUUUUAAUCGAUGAAAGCAGUCUACAGAAUUAUGCGAAAUUGGAGACAUUUAAUGAAAGCGUAUUUUGGAAUUAUUUCAAUGCAAGUCGAUCGGCAGUUAUACGUGGACGUGUAGUCACAUCGCUAGGUAUGGGCUUAGUGGGAGUACGUGUAAGUACAGCCACUCCACUGGAAGGAUUCACUCUUACACGCGAUGACGGUUGGUUUGAUCUGAUGGUAAAUGGAGGCGGAGCUGUUACUUUACGAUUCGGAAGAUCACCUUUCCGUCCACAAACAAGAAUUGUUCAAGUCCCAUGGAAUGAAGUUGUCAUCAUAGAUGUAGUGUCAAUGUCAACAGCCGAAAACAAUUACACACAAUCUAUCACGCAUACAUGCUUCUCACAUGACUAUGAUACUAUGAAACCAGUUGUUUUGGCGUCGUGGAAACACGGUUUUCAAGGAGCUUGCCCGGAUCGUAGUGCUAUUUUGGCUGAAUCUCAAGUUGUUCAAGAGUCAAUUCAAAUUCCGGGUGCUGGGUUAAAUCUAGUUUAUCAUAGUUCUCGUGCAGCAGGAUAUCUAUCUACAAUCAAGUUGCAGUUAACUCCUGAUCAGGUACCCAAAACUUUACACUUGAUUCAUUUGCGUAUCACAAUUGAGGGCAUUCUAUUUGAAAGAGUUUUUGAAGCAGAUCCAGGAAUCAAAUUUACUUAUGCCUGGAAUAGAUUAAAUAUUUAUCGCCAACGAGUUUACGGCGUAACAACGGCAGUCGUUAAGGUCGGAUACCAAUAUUCCGAUUGUCAGGAUAUCAUCUGGGAUGUACAAACAACGAAGUUGAGUGGACACGAUAUGAGUAUUUCGGAAAUUGGUGGGUGGAAUUUAGACAUUCACCACCGUUAUAACUUUCAUGAGGGUAUUUUGCAAAAGGGCGAUGGUUCUAAUAUUUAUCUGAAGCAUAAACCAAGAGUUAUAAUUACCACUAUGGGAGACGGACAUCAGCGACCAUUAGAAUGCUCAGAUUGUAAUGGGGUUGCUUCAAAGCAGAGGUUGCUAGCUCCAGUAGCGUUGGCAUCGUCUGCGGACGGAAGCCUUUAUGUUGGCGAUUUUAAUUACAUUCGCCGCAUAAUGACGGACGGUACGGUAAAGACAGUUGUGAAACUAAAUGCGACUAGAGUAUCAUAUCGCUAUCAUAUGGCCUUAAGCCCGUUAGAUGGUACCCUGUAUAUAUCUGAUCCAGAAUCACAUCAAAUCAUCCGGGUUCGUGAUAAAGAUGAUUUUACAGACCCCGAGCAUAAUUGGGAGCCAAUAGUGGGCUCUGGAGAAAGGUGUCUACCUGGAGAUGAAGCUCAUUGUGGAGACGGGGCACAAGCACGCGAUGCAAAACUUUCAUAUCCGAAAGGUAUAGCAAUUACCAGCGACAAUACUCUGUAUUUCGCUGAUGGAACUAACAUUCGGAUGGUCGAUCGUGAUGGCAUUGUAACUACACUUAUUGGGAAUCAUAUGCAUAAAUCGCACUGGAAACCCAUUCCAUGUGAAGGAACCCUGAAAUUAGAGGAGAUGCAUUUACGUUGGCCCACAGAGUUAGCUGUUAAUCCUUUAGAUGAUACAUUGCAUAUUAUAGACGAUCAUAUGAUUUUAAGAAUGACUCCAGAUGGCAGGGUACGAAUUGUAUCGGGACGGCCGCUGCAUUGUGCAACUGGUUCCGUGAACUUUGAUAACGACUUGGCUACUCAUGCCACACUUGUUAUGCCACAGAGUAUUGCGUUUGGUCCAAUGGGCGAUCUGUACGUAGCAGAAAGUGAUUCUCAGCGUAUAAAUAGAAUCAGAGUUAUUGGCACUGAUGGUAAGAUAGUUCUCUUUGCUGGAGCCGAGUCAAAAUGCAACUGUUUGGAACGAGGAUGUGACUGCUUCGAAGCUGAUCAUUAUUUGGCAACAAACGCCAAAUUCAAUACAAUCGCUGCUUUGUCUGUUACACCAGAUGGUUAUGUGCACGUGGCAGAUCAAGCCAACUAUCGCAUUCGUUCAGUAAUGUCAAGCAUUCCAGAAGCAGGUCCUUCAAGAGAAUAUGAAAUAUAUGCUCCAGACUCGCAAGAAAUUUAUGUCUUCAAUCGAUUCGGGCAACAUAUAGCUACCAGAAAUAUUUUAACUGGUGAAGUAACUUAUACAUUCACCUAUAACGUCAAUACAUCCAAUGGGAAAUUAAGCACCGUAACAGAUGCAGCUCAGAACAAAAUAUUCUUACUACGGGAUUAUACGUCGCAAGUAAACUCUAUUGAAAAUACGAAGGGACAAAAGUGUAGACUCAGAAUGACCAGAAUGAAAAUGUUGCAUGAGUUAAACACUCCUGAAAAUUACAAUGUAACUUUUGAAUAUCAUGGCCCAACAGGUCUGUUGAAAACAAAAAUAGACUCAACGGGACGAUCGAACGUUUACAACUACGAUGAAUUCGGUAGACUCACUUCAGCCGUCACUCCUACAGGACGUGUCAUUGACUUAUCUUUUGAUCUGAGCAUCAAAGGAGCAACUAUCAAAAUUCUGGAAAAUUCACAGAAGGAAGUUUCUAUGUUGAUACAGGGAUCGAGUGUAGUUGUGCAGAAUGGAGAAGCUCUAACAAAAACCAUUGUAGAUGCAGACGGUGGCACUACCAGCAUCACACCGUGGAGUCACUCAGUACAAAUGGAAGUUGUACCAUAUACAAUUCUCUCCGAAAUCAGCCCGAUGAUAGGAGAAAGUUAUCCUGUCCCAGCAAAGCAACGAACAGAAAUUGGAGGGGACCUGGCGAAUCGUUUUGAAUGGCGUUACUUUUCUCGAAGAUCGCAAGCAGGAAAAGGGAAUAAAGCUCAACGAAUGAGUGGCUCAUCGACUCAAGUUGGACGAAAACUACGUGUAAAUGGUGAAAACAUCUUAACAUUUGAAUACGAUCGUGAUACAUCGUCAGUUUCCAUUUAUGUUGAAGAUAAACAAGAAUUGUUGAAUGUCACUUACGAUCGCACGGCACGACCGGUUUCAUUCAAACCACAAUCCGGUGAAUAUGCUCCAGUCGAAUUGGAGUUUGAUCGUUUCGGGCGGCUUGUUUCUUGGAAGUGGGGAAAUCUAGAGGAAACAUAUAUUUUUGAUCGUUCAGGCCGUCUUAAUGAAAUUAAAUACGGCGAUGGCUCUUCUACGAUUUAUUCUUUCAAAGAUAUGAUUGGCACCUUGCCACUGAAAAUCACAACUCCUCGCAGAUCUGAUUAUUUGUUGCAGUAUGAUGACACUGGAGCUUUACAAUCACUAACUACACCCAGAGGACAUAUUCACUCAUUUUCGCUUCAAACAUCUUUGGGCUUCUUCAAAUAUCAGUAUUACUCACCAUUAAAUCGUCAUCCAUUCGAAAUUCUUUACAAUGACGAAGGUCAGAUUCUUGCAAAGAUCCAUCCCCACCAAUCGGGCAAAGUGGUUUUCGUGUAUGACAAUGCUGGCAGAUUGGAGACAAUUUUAGCAGGGUUAUCUUCGACCCGUUACGUCUAUCAGGAAACCUCUGGCUUGACUAAGAGUGUAGAGGUCCAAGAACCCGGAUUUGAACUUCGCCGUGAUUUCAAAUAUCAUGCUGGUAUUCUGAAAGAUGAAAAACUACGCUUUGGAUCGAAGAACUCCUUAGCUUCAGCUCACUUUAAAUACCAGUAUGAUGGCAAUGCCCGGCUUAACGCUAUUGAAGUUGAAGUAUAUGAGAAGAUACUACCAGUGAUGCGCUUCAAAUACAACCAGAAUUUAGGCAAUUUGGAAGCGAUUAAUGAUUUCAAAAUUUCAAGAAAUGCAUUCAACCGGACCGUCGUUCAAGACUCUGCGAAACAAUUCUUUAUUAUCACUGAUUUCGAUGAGCAUGGCAGAGUUAAAAGUGUGUUGAUGAACAUAAAAUCGUUUGAUGUUUUUCGGCUCGAGCUCGAUUAUGAUUUAAGAAACCGUAUAAAAUCACAUAAAACAACUUUUGGUCGAUCCACCUCAUAUGAUAAAAUCAACUACAAUGCGGAUGGACAUGUGAUGGAAGUAAUUGGGACAAACAAUUGGAAGUAUAUUUAUGAUGAGAAUGGGAAUAUCGUAGGAUCGAUGGAUGAAGGGGACAAGGUCAACUUUGGGUACGAUAUUGGCGAUCGUGUAAUUCAAGUGGGCGAAGUGGAACUCUAUAAUUAUGACUCACGAGGAUUUGUUAUUCGUAGAGGCGAACAGAAAUAUAGGUAUAAUAACCGAGGACAGUUAAUUCAUGCGUUUGAGAGAGAUAAAUUCCAAAUUUGGUAUUAUUAUGAUGAUAAGGCUCGCCUGGUUGCAUGGCAUGAUGAUAAAGGAAAUAUAACGCAAUAUUACUACACCAACCCAAAUACGCCGUCGCUUGUAACACAUCUCCAUUAUCCGAAGUCCGGAGAAACGAUGAGAUUCGUUUAUGAUGAUCGGCAAAUGCUUAUAGCAAUUGAAACGGCUGAUCAAAGAUACUACGUAGCAACAGAUCAAAAUGGCAGUCCUCUAGCCUUCUUCGAUGUUAGUGGAAGUAUAGUGAAAGAGAUAAAGCGGUCACCGUUCGGUAAAAUAAUAAAAGAUAGCAAUCCCGACCUUUACGUGCCUGUGGAUUUCCAUGGUGGAAUAUUGGAUCCAAAUUCUAGGCUAGUCUAUCUAGAAAGAAGAUUAUACGAUCCAACAGUUGGACAAUGGUUGACGCCGCUUUGGGAAAUUCUGGCAACAGAAAUGAUUCUCCCUUCAGACGUAUUCAUCUAUCGUUUCCAUAACAAUGACCCUGUUAAUCCCAAAGAACCGUUUAAUUAUAUGAUUGACAUCGAAUCUUGGCUGCGAUUAUUUGGAUUCGACAUUCGAAAGAUUCAAAGCAGCAAAUACAGACAAGAACAGCAACAAUAUAAACCGCAAUCUACCAUCAAAUCUUCAUUCCUAGCCCCGGAUUUCGGAGUGAUGUCUGGCCUACAAUGCAUUGUUGAGAAAAUUGACGAGAAGUUCAGCGACUUUGAUUUUAUUCCGAAACCUCUAUUGAAAAUGGAACCGAAAACUAGAAAUUUACUGCCGAGAAUAGCGUACCGUCGUGGAGUUUUUGGAGAAGGUGUGCUAAUUUCAAAGAUCGGAGAGCGUGCCAUGGUUAGCGUUGUAGAUGGGAGCAACAGCGUGGUACAGGAUGUUGUGUCAUCAGUGUUUAAUAACUCAUUCUUCCUCGAUAUUCACUUUAGUAUACAUGAUCAGGAUGUAUUUUAUUUCAUUAAGGAUAAUGUCCUUAAACUGCGUGAUGACAUGGAAGAGUUGCGCCGCCUUGGUGGCAUGUUCAAUAUAUCUGCACAUGAAGUUAGUGAUCAUGGGGGAGCAGAAGCCAAGGAACUUAGACUGCAUGGUCCAGAUGUUGUGGUUAUUAUUAAGUAUGGAGUUGAUCCAGAACAGGAAAAACACCGAAUUCUUAAGCACGCCCAUAAACGGGCCGUCGAACGAGCGUGGGAACUUGAAAAGCAACUCGUUGCUGCAGGUUACCAAGGUCGUGGAGACUGGACCGAAGAAGAAAAGGAAGAGCUUAUUUCACAUGGGGACGUGGACGGUUGGAUCGGGGUUGAUAUUCAUAGUAUCCAUAAGUAUCCACAAUUAGCAGACGAUCCAGGCAAUAUCGCUUUCCAACGCGACGCAAAACGCAAACGCCGAAAAACUGGUUUUCAUAAAGUCAGACGAUAUGCAAUAACAUGAAUCUAAGUCUUAAAUUAUCCAUUCGUUGAUUUUUUCAUUUCUGCUAGAAACUUGGUAGGAAUGUUAAUCAGUUUGCAUACGUAACAAUUUACGAACAAAAGCACGGGCACCCACAAUUUUGCCAGGUGAUCUAAGUGUACGUUUCGAAUUUAUGAACACUUCCCCCAAGCUUUCAAGCGAUUUGCUUUCCUUUGUUUAUUUGUAAUAUUGUAUGUAGAAUAUUUUUUUAAUUGUAUGAUGUAUAAUUUAAAAAGGAAAGAAAAUUUAAACAUUGUGAUAUAUUUCUAUAAAAACUAUUAAAGUGAAAAUAAACUCGUAAGCAUAAGUAGUAGAGAUAAUCAACAACCUAUUAAGUGAAUAGUAACAUUUAAGUUGUAUCCCAAUCGAUGGUCUAUCGUUUUUUAUAUUAUCAAAAAAAAAAAUGCAGAAACUGUAAAAUGUGAGAAACAUUUAUGACAAUUAUGUGUAUGGCAGUAAUUAAAGUAAAUAGAAAUUAAAACCUAUCAAAAAGAAAUCAACUCAAUAUGGUUUUUAUGGAACUAGAUGAAACACACGAAACAGUCACGUAUUUUUAUAGAACGCAUCGCUUCCCAGCGGAAGGUCAUCCUGUGUUCGCCCCUCCCCCCCUUCUUAGCUAGUUUCAACACUAUGAAAGAUAACCAAAGUUGCCCAUUCUGUAUGGUACUACAAAUUAUUAGCGUGAAUAUUUAUUAAAAAUUUCAACCCUUCCUGGUGCGAUGGUAAUUUUUUUCGAGGAGAAAUGUGUUCUAUAUUCGUAAAAUGACAAUCUAAUCGUUUUAAACUGCGUUAAAUUUGGUUGUAGAAUUUCGUUGUGCUGGUAUUUUAGAGAAAAAAAAUAUCAUGGUAGAAUUCACAAGCGUACAGGGUAUAAUUGUUAAUAGAUGAUGUGUAUUCCAGGAAGAAUUGCUGCAAAUUUUAUCACCGGAGAAUUUUGUUAUUUGAUGUGCAAUGAUCCAAAAUAUCCAUACAUAUAUUGGGUUGAGGUUGCUUCCUUUGGAAGACGGUGCUUAUCAACGCCGGGUGCCAUAUGUUUCAUUAUACUGCAUUGCAUGUCGCGACAUGUAAGCAAAAGCAAAUCUUCUUCAACGCGUAAACAAUAUAAAGAUUAUAAUUUUUAGCUUUCUCAGAAUUAAUACCCGACAGUUCAAUUUAAGAAACACUUUCGAUGGAUGUGCUUGCUUCAUGAAUAAUUUCAAAAAUAAGUGUAUAUUAUGUUCAAAUGAAAUCUUCAGAAGAACCUUUACUCACUCUUUCUUCUAUAGUGAAGCGAAAAGAUCGGAUUGCACAAAUAAUGUAUAUUUUACGAACAGGAGAUCAUACUCUGAGUUAAUACAUGAUAAAUGCUUUCGCCCGAAUACUAUUCCCGGCUUUCAUAGAAGUCAAGGCUUUUCUGCCACUUUAGCGUGGAUAGUAAAACAGUUAAUUUUAUAAAUAUUUCAAUUUAUCCUGUGCGGUCCUUUCAAAUUAACUGGUCAAGAAAAUUGUGUGCGAGAAAGCUAUUCUGAUCAUCCUACACGUAGUAAUAAAGAAUUUUACCGGCAGCUUAGCAACCAUGUUAUCAAUAACUCAAUCCAAUCCUUAUAUACAUCAACCCAAAUUUCAUUUGCAAAAUUCAAGAAUUUCAUUAUAAUGAAAUGGACACUCACUAAAGAUUACCCUUCAAUUCUGUAAAUAUAUGCCAACAGCUGUACUCAUAGAAUAGUGCGGGAAACGCGCAAAAUAAUUUUCUGUAAACUACUGUAAAGAAAAUUUUAGCCGUUAAGAAUGCACUAUAACUGAUAAAUAGUGAAUCCAUUUUCCAUUGAGAUUUUGUAUAGAGACAAGAUGUCGUAAUUGAAAAGGUAUUUUACAGAAGUAUGGUGUUUCACCUACGAGAAUAUUGCUAUUCUUAUAUAUUCUGUAAGUGAUAUUUUGACUACAUACAUAGAAAAACCAUAGAAAUAAAAGUUUUAAGAAACACAAAUACUAAUGGUGACAAAUUAAAUGAAAGAAGCCCCGAGCAAAAAAGCAAUAACAUUCUGUGUUUUACAGUUUCAGUUAAUUUUUGUGAAGAAAAUCGUUAGAAAUAUCCCAAAGCAUUUAUUAAAGUCUUCCUUUCACUUUCAAUCGCUUUGUAAUCAAUCCAAUUUAUUUAUAGUAUGGUUCAGCUGACCUUAAUCAAUUUGCCACCAGCAUCCGAACAUGUUUUCAAACAUAUUACGAUUUGUUCACAUACACGAAGAAAGGAAACUAUACUACGAAUUACGAUAUGAUUUAUCAUGCAUUCAAAUAAAAUAGACAGAACAUUUUGCAAUGUAGAACUGAAAGAAACUGCGAAAGUAAAGUAGAAUAACUAAUAAGGAGAGAAAUCUACGUAUUUAGCAAUAUAUAGAGUGUAUUAACUGUUAAUGUACAUAUUUUAUAUAAUUUGGUAUUAAGAGGACAACUUUUGUACAUAAAACAUACAUCUAAAGAACGUAGCAUUUUGAAAACAAGUGACUAGUAGUAUAAAUGAGUAACAUAGAGUUUUAGUUUGUAGGAAAGCAAUGUGAGGAGAUGAGAAAAGUAAUAAUGUUAGUUAUUAUUAGUGAAACAACACAGCAUUUAUAUAACUUCUAAUGGGAAUUUUAUAUGAUUUUUUGUUGGAACCAAUAGAAAAUCAUAUAUAUAACAAGUGAAGAACAACAUAAUGAUGUAGAAACAGCAGUGAAGAUAAAAUAUGAUUGAAACCCAUAAUACUUAUGAGAAUAAAUGAAAUUAAUAAUUAUAA